CUCUCUUGUCUAACUUCCUCUUCCCUUUGGGAAAAACCUUUCUAUUUUUAGUCUCUCUCUAUCCUUACAAGACCCGAGAAACCGAAAAGCGAUACAGAAUAUUUCUCCAUUGUAUCUCGAAUAUUUUGUUAUGCUUUCUUUGCUCUAUGUUCAUGAGAUUCUGGCUUUCCGUUAAAUGCAUCAACUCAUUUGAAUCCCUUUAUAAUCCUUGUCCAGGAGAUAAAUUCAUAUUUUCUCGAUCUGGGUAUUCCUAAAAUUGAGGAUCACGAAGAAUUAAAGCGAAACCAUACGUUAUUUUUCCUUCGAGACUGCUUUAGUAAUUUGGUCGUUAUCGCAUAGAAUCGGUCGAAUUCAAUGAAAGGGUGUUAAAUGUUAUGCUGGUCUUUGGGUUGUCUAGUGCGAGGGGGUUGAAGGUGUGAUUUAUCGGUGGAAUGAGCGUAAAAAGAUGACUAGAAUCUAGAUGAGCUAAUAAGCGUUUAAAGAUGGAUACAAAGGACGAUAAUGAAGUGCAAGAAGAGAUGUCUGUUUCGCCGAUCUUGGUAUUGCAGCAUAUAUCCGAGGAGGCAUUUAGAGUGGCCGGUGAAGCAUUACAUAAUGUGUACUCGGGUAAUUCGAACUUCCCAAGACCUGGGCUGAGGCAGGGACACCGACGCACUCAAAGUGAAGUUGUGACUACAGCUCACAGACGUAAUAAUAGCUUUCAGAGAUUGAAGAGUCAGAUGCAGAAGGCUUGGAAGUGGAGUAGCAAUUAUCGUGAAGAAGAUUACAAGCGGAGUUUCAAUCCUGAGGUCUUGGCAAACCAAAAACGCCAGUGGUAUCAGCUUCACACAAAAUCUCCGGAACAUAUAAAAUAUAAAAAGCCUACUUCACUUUUUGAACACUUUAUUAUUGCGGGGCUUCAUCCAGAUGCUAAUCUUGAGGUUGUGGAGGAUGCAUUUGUUAAAAAUAAGAAAUGGGAGUCAGAAAUGGCAAACUCUGAAUUAUUAGAUUUUAAAAUGCUGCAUCCUCGGGCGUCCUCAGUUCCAAUGCUGGAACCUCAGGUACUUUUUAAGUAUCCUCCCGGAAGAAGGUUAGCAAUGCGUCUGAAAGAUCUAGCUGACUUCUGUUUUCCUGGUGGGGUUAAGGCACGUUUGAUAGAGAGGAGUCCAUCGCUAAGUGAGCUAAAUGAACUUGUUUAUGGACAGGAGCAUUUAAACAGAGAUGAUUUAGCGUUUGUUUUUUCACUUAAGGUGGCAAACAAUGCAACACUUUAUGGCGUUUGUUUACACGUUCCUGAAAUUGUUCAGAGGCCACCUGGUAUCUUAGGCAUCUCAUCAUCUCCUUCUCAUCCAUCUGGAGGAUGCAGGCGUUUUUUGGUUUCUGCUCCUCGCUGCUAUUGUGUGCUUACGAGAGUUCCGUUCUUUGAGUUACACUUUGAGAUGUUGAACAGUAUCAUUGCACAGGAGCGUCUGAAUCGAAUAACGAAGUUUGUUAGUGAACUGACUCUCAGUGAUUAUGUUCCUUCGGUAACAAAAUUACAUGAUCAAACAAAUGGGAAUGUUGAUUCCACUGAAAGGGAGUCCUUUAACGAUUGGAUGGCUUCUGCCAUACCUGUUGAUAGUGAGCUGGUCCUAACUGCAGCUGCUGCAGGAAUUAUGCCCGAUGAUGAGAUCCCACCUUCUCCAUUGAGGAUGUGGGAACCUCAGUCCCCUGAAAGUGUUACCAUCAGUGAGGCGUCAGAUUCUAGCCUAGUUAGGGAAAUAGACAAAGAUGGUAGUAAGAAUUCACGGCAUUCUGAUGAGUGUGCUUUUGAGGCCUCAGAAACUCAAUCAGAACCUUUGGAAAAAAUGUGUGGAUGCUAUGAAAAUGGUCAAGCUUCUCCAGAGGUAGGGACAUCAUUCUCCUCUAGGAAUCCCGCACUGGAGCGUCUUGGGAGUUCUGAAUCCUUAUUCAGUCCAGUUAGAAGCAUUGCAUCAGAGGAUAAUGAUGAUGAAACUUUUGCAAAUGGGGUUAAGGAUUUUGGGGAUGACUUAAUGAUGGAAUGGGCUAAGGAGAAUAAAAACGAUUUGCUACAAAUAGUUUGUGGAUAUCAUUCUCUGCCUCUUCCUGCACAAGGAAGUGAAUUAGUUUUUCAGCCUCUUGAGCAUUUACAGGCUAUUGAGUAUAGGCGACCUCCAAUUUCUACCUUUGGCUUACACGAAAAUAAUUUAGUUUCACUUGAAGCUGCUGAGGUCAAUGCAAAGUUGGCGGCUGCUGAGGAAGCACUUGCUCUAUCUAUAUGGACAACUGCAACUGUUUGUCAAGUGCUCUCCCUUGAAAGUGUUUUGACAUUGGUUGCAGGAGUAUUAUUGGAAAAACAAGUGGUUGUAGUGUGCCCAAAUCUGGGUGUUCUAUCAGCUAUAGUGUUGUCUUUUAUUCCCAUGAUCCGUCCAUUUCAGUGGCAGAGUUUAUUGCUUCCUGUUCUCCCAGGCAGGAUGCUUGAUUUUCUUGAUGCUCCAGUUCCUUAUAUUGUUGGUGUACAACGUAUACACACUGAUUUGAAGAUGAAAACAUCAAAUCUUGUUCAUGUUAAUGUUCUCAAGGACCAGGUGAAAAUGUGUUAUUUGCCAACACUUCCCCGGCAUAAAGAGCUUGUUUCUGAACUGGGGCCAAUCCAUGCUAGACUGUCACAUGAAAGUUCAACUGCUAAGAGGCAUCCCGUUUAUAGGUGCAAUGAAGUGCAGGCUGAAGCUGCAGCUGAGUUUUUGAAUGUCAUGAGGCGCUACUUGGAGUCACUUUGUUCAGAUCUGAGGUCUUAUACAAUAACUAGUGUAGAGUCAAACAAUGACAGGGUAUCUUUACUUCUUAAAGAUAGCUUUAUUGAUUCCUUUCCUGGUAGGGACAAACCAUUUAUCAAGCUAUUUGUAGAUACACAACUGUUCACAGUUCUAUCAGACUCUCAUUUGUCCAGAUUUGAGAAUGGGUACACUUAACUCAAUCCUGUUAGUAGCAAUGUAACACUUCAAAACUCAUAGGUACAAACAAAGAUUCUAUCAGUCUGAAUGACUAGUUGAACUGCCACAUAGCUGAAGCUUGUAACAAUGACUUUGUAACAUAAUACUUGAAGUAAAAUUCCAAAUACCACACACUAAUACCCGUUGUAAUGCCUAGCAGAAAGGAUCAUGAUCCCAAUCUUUAUGGUGGAUCUCAUUUUGGGCUUAUUAUAUAGCUUCGCUUCACUCCAAAUUUCUGUAAAUAACUUUGAAAGAAUCCAUGAGAAAAUUUUAC